ACAACUAUAUAUAGAAAAUUUUGUGUCGGUCAGAUACAUGCUGCGGUAGGAUUCCACUAGGGGAUUCUAGUGUAGACAAUAUCUGUCUAACUAAUGAGUGGGUCAGAUCCUGUUGAUGAUAGAGCUGACAAUAGGAGACUAACACGUGCAUGGGCACUAAGGGUACCGCACUUGCUUCAGGCCUUGGAGCCGGGAGACGAAAGAAGGAUACGUAGAGCUCGUGCGCUAGCAGAGGGAAUAGCAGAAACAAACAGAGCAGCAAGAGAGCAGGCAACAGCAGCCAGAGCAGCUGCGAUGGCUAACGGCGCAAGCUCUGCUGCGUCAUCAUCUGCGUCCUCGUCAGGGAAUAGUGGGAUGAGUGUGGGAAUGCCAACUAGUUCCACAAUUUCCUUAGACACUUCUGGUUCCACAGGCUCUAGCCAGUCUUCUAGUCAAAUGGCGGGCUCGCAGUUCAGCCCGUUGACCCCGCGUCAGAGGGAGCUCAGAGAGAUCCAGCAGGUCGAGAUGCUCCGCCGUAAGUUAGAGAAGGACCUGGAAGAUGCUACCGAUAGAGAAAAUACGAUGAAAACUAGAGCAGCCAAGUUUGAAUCUUUAGAGGCUGACAAGGCUGAACUAGAGGGCUUGGAUGAGUCGGCGUUGACUGACCCACUGAAGGUAUUGAAGAAGAACAUGCUGUCACUACACGCACACGUGGACAGCAAGUUAGACUUCAUGCAGAGCACUCUAGACCAGAUCCUGGAUGCUUUGACAAGGCCAGGAUUCCGGUCACCAGCACAAUCGUCAUUGUCGUUAUCGGCGAUGUCAGGCCCCUUUCCGGUUCAAGCUGGCACACAGCCAAGUGGCACAUCUGCAGCAGCCGCUCAGACUGUUGCAUCUUCUUCUUCGGUUCCAGCGGUGGUUGCUACACCACCGCAACAAUCUGUUCGUGCACAGGGACAGCAGCAAGGUCAAUGGUAUCCCAAAACCCCAAUGAAACCGCCUCUUGCCUUCUCAGGCGAGAGAAAGGACGAGGAACUCAACACAUGGUUGAGGAUCGUCUCGGUUUGGGUGAAGGCAAAGAGGACCUUACCUGAGGACGAAGUGGUAACUGCUGCAUCUUACCUCGAGGGUAAGGCAGCCAAGUGGUUAGAUAGUGUAGGUAUCAAGGUCGGGUAUGGGAGACGCAUGGCGGACUGGGCUAAGUCCCUGACAUUAGACCAGUUUAUGGAGAUGGUAGAAGCUCGAUGGCAUAACCCACAGGAGGCACAAAAGGUCACUGAUGCCAUUAACAAACUGGACCAAUGCAAGUUCAGGUCAGUUAGGGAGCUUACGACUACCGUUGAGAGCCUAAUCCUCGUUUUAGGUAUCAACUACAGCGACCACUUCCUGUUAACAACGUUUGUUGGAUGUCUCCCUGAGAACAUCAGGAACUUACUAGCCAGUGAGGCACGCACUGAGUACCACUCGUUUGAGACAUUGUCUAGGAAAGCCUUAGACUUAGAAGUCACCCUAGGCAAUGCUCAACCCACCUCAGGAAAUGACUCAAAGAAGAAGAAGAGUUCUCAGGAGUGGAAGAAGAAGGGGGCAGAGUUGAUGAUGGUGGAGUCCGAUGGGACUCAAACUGAGAUCGACGAGCUCUCUGACCUCGUGGACUAUUCAGAGUAUGACGGCGAGGAGGUAGCUGAGGGUAGCACCCUUGCCGCGGUAGUAAAGACUAAGGCAGGUGGCCGAGGGAAGGGUCAACUGAGGAGUCAAGGGAAGGCCGCCUCCAAUCAGACCAAACAGUUUGAGUGGGUAAAGGCAGGUCUUGAUCAAGACGUGUGGCGUGACCACCGAAUGUGUGGCGCUUGCAUCAACUGCGGAGAAUACGGACAUACGCAGUGGAAGUGUCAGAAUGCUAAGGUUACACAAAAGGUUGCUCCAAAAGUAGGGACAACCUAUUCCCAGGCUUCUAGCUCGGGAAACGCGUAGGGCCAAUGGAUAUAGUAGCGGCUUCUACUCAAGAUGAAGUGGGAAUGAUACCCUCCUCACUGCAUGACAAGGCCGAAGCUAAUGACUCC